AUGUCGAACCUUGCAAAACUUGAGAUUGUGCCCCUUGAUAUUACUGGAAAAAACCAUUUAUCAUGGGUGUUAGAUUAUGAAAUACACCUAGAUGAAAAAGGGCUUGGUGACACAAUAAAAGAAGGAAAUAAAGCAACAUGUCAAGAUAAAGCUAAAGCUAUGAUAUUUCUUCGCCAUCACCUCCACGAAGGGCUUAAAACUGAGUAUUUGACAGUUAAAAACCCACAAAUCCUUUGGAGCAAUCUAAAGGAAAGGUAUGACCAACAGAAAACCGUGAUAUUGCCAAAAGCUCGUCAUGAUUGGUUGCAUUUAAGAUUACAUGAUUUUAAAUCCGUAAGUGAAUAUAACUCAGCCAUGUUUAAAAUUAAUUUUCAACUGAAAUUGUGUGGCGAGAAAAUUACUGAUGCAGAUAUGUUAGAAAAAACAUACUCCACUUUUCAUGCAAACAAUGUUGUCCUGCAGACACAAGAUCGAGAAAAAGGUUUUAAGAAAUAUUCUGAAUUGAUAUCUUGUCUUCUUGUGACUGAACAAAAUAUUGAGUUGUUGAUGAAAAAUCAUGAAGAACGCCCUACUGGCUCAACUCCAUUCCUUGAAGCGAAUGUGACACCCCAUAAUGGGAAAGAAUUACAGAAAAAAGACCAUGCCAGCAGCAAUGGUCAGGUCGUGGUCAAUGGCGAGGCCGUGGUCGUGGAUGUGGUUUUGGUGGAUAUAGUAGAGGCCCUGAAGGUUAUUACAAGAACUCACAUUCCCACCAGAAGUGGGAUCGCAAAGAUGGUAAAAGUGAGAAAGGUAAAAGUGACAUUGUGA